AUGCCUAUAAAGAUUCAAGAGAUGAUUAAAGAUCAAUGGAAGCUCACUGCUACACGAAACCAAUGUCAAGAAGCUAGAAAAAAAUCAUUAAAGUGGCUGCAAAAAGAAUAUGAAGAUCAGUUUGCACAUAUUCGAGGUUAUUUCAAAGAGAUCACUGAUUCAAAUCCAGAUUCUACAGUAGAAGUUGAAACUGUUCACGGGCCAGAUGAUAAAGAGUUAUUUGAUCGGUUUUAUGUGUGUUUUCACAUUCUGAAAACACGAUGGAAAGCGACUUGCCGUCCAAUUAUAGGAGUGGAUGGUACUUUCCUCAAAGGUACCAACAAAGGACAAUUACUGGUUGCUAUUGGGCGAGAUGCGUGUAACAAAAUUUAUCCAAUAACAUGGGCUGCAGUACAGGUAGUGAAUGAGAACAACUGGUUGUGGUUUGUGAAAAUGCUGAAGAAGGAUUUGGAUCUUGGAAAUGGUGAUGGGUAUAUCAUAGUCUCAGAUAGACAAAAGGGAUUAAUCAAUGCAGUUUCUAAAGAGUUACCAAAUAUUGAGCAUAGGAAAUGUGUUAGACACAUUUAUGGUAACUUGAAGGCUAACCAUGGAAAAAAGACACAGAUGAAACCAUUCAUUUGGAAUUUGGCAUGGAGUUAUAAUGAAGACCAAUUUAAUGAAAAUCUGGAAAGGGUGAAAGAUUAUGAUUUGGGUGUAUAUGAAGAUGUGAUGAAGUCAAACCCGAGGAGUUGGUGUCGUGCUUUCUACAAGAUAGAAGGGAACUGUUGUGAAGAUGUGGACAAUAACUCCGCUGAAUCUUUUAACAAAACAAUUGUUAAAGCAAGAGAAAAACCAAUGAUGCCAAUGUUGGAGACAGUCCGAAGACUAACAAUGAUGCGGAAUUCUGUGAGAGCUACUACUGCAAAUGCAAUGACAGGAAAAUUCACACCAUAUGUUAAGGAGUUUCUUGAUGCAGAGCAUGAGAAUGCAUCAAAGGCUUAUGUAUUUUCCUGCACAACUGCAGUGUAUGAGGUUGAAAUCGAUGGUCAUUCAGAGAGGGUAGAUAUGAGAAGCAGAAAAUGCACUUGCAUUAAGUGGGAUAUAUGUGGGAUCCCUUGUGAACAUGGAUAUGCAGUAAUAUUGACUAAGAAACUUAAUUCAGAUGAAUACGUAUCUGAUUCNAGUUGA